AUGAAUUUGAGAAUAAUAGAAAGAAAGAGGCUGCUCAGAACAGUGCGAAUCACCAUAAAUCCCGAAAUACAUGCUCCAACCGACUCGACUGAUCCGGAUGUCGACGCUAAAACAAAGUCAUUCGGUCCACAAUUCGGCGAUCAGACACAGCCAAUCGAUCUAGAAGUCGGCGCUCAAGCAACACAUCCAGAAGAUAACGCUAAAACAACUCCAAGCCAUCCAAAGGUCGGCGCUCAAACAACGUCAAUCGAUCCAGAAGUCGGCGCUCAAACAACGCCAAUCGAUCCAAAGGUCGGCGCUCAAACAACGUCAAUCGAUCCAGAAGUCGGCGCUCAAACAACGCCAAUCGAUCCAGAAGUCGGCGCUCAAACAACGUCAAUCGAUCCAGAAGUCGGCGCUCAAACAACGCCAAUCGAUCCAGAAGUCGGCGCUCAAACAACGCCAAUCGAUCCAGAAGUCGGCGCUCAAACAACGCCAAUCGAUCCAGAAGUCGGCGCUCAAACAACGUCAAUCGAUCCAGAAGUCGGCGCUCAAACAACGCCAAUCGAUCCAGAAGUCGGCGCUACGAUAGAACCAGUUGAUUUUGACAAUGUUUCUGCAAUUACGACCAAUAAGACCAAGGAGUCAAUAGAAGACAUUGAUCGAUGUGCAAAAGAAAACAUUGACCUUAAUUGCACUUUGAAUACAUGUCAAGGUAGAUGCGGUCAAGUUAACAAUUACACCGACUCGACAUGGCUCUCUUUGUGUUCCUGUGAUGACGAAUGUAACGAAUAUGGUGACUGCUGCAAGGACUAUAGAGACACUUGCGUCAAUGAAACAACUAUUACGAGAAAUCAAAAACCACUUACACAAAUCCAUGAAGAUGAACUGGCACGUGGGGGUUCAUAUGAAUGCCGAAACAUUGGCCCUGGUAGAUAUGUUUACAUGAUAUACUCAUGUAGUCCUGGUUACAAGGACCACGAUAUCGUAGAGAAAUGUCAUUCUACAUCAAACAUAGAAACCGAUGUUCGUACAAUGGGAGAUCCUGGCUUGAAUAUCCAACUGAAGACUCAGUCGGGCAUGGGAAGACUAGAUUUACGCUUCAAGAUAAACGGAACACGGGCCAGUCUUCUUAAAUGUUCCCUGCCAUUUGUACUUGCCGAUGGUCGAUGUAUUUUGCAAGAAAUGGCGAUAGCGUGUCGCUGUUUGAUCCCAUUUGAUGGUAACCUCACACAUGACGUCAUCGUAGCUGUAAAUAGAGUCAUUUUAACCAUUUUUAAAGUUGUCGGAGUUGUCUUAAUAAGAAGUUUUAAAGAAAGUCCAACAGUGUUGACAACAGAAUUUUUCGCGACAGUCUCUGAUGAUUCCGUCACCAAUUGGAGAAGCCCAAUGAUUCAUAAUGAGAAAGUGCUCCAGUCUGUAUAUCCUCCAUUGGUGUCCAAUACACGCUACUGUACAUUCAGAAAUACUACAACAGGGAAAAUACCCCAGGGACAAAUUAAUGGUGAAAAGGAACUGAAGAAUAUCGACAAAUGGACAACCCCCACAAGCAACGUAAGUGAUGAAGCCCAGCUUGCGUCGAGCUUUGGUAAAUCAUUUAUCUUCUUAAGUGGACUUUAUGUAUUCAUAGAGCUGUCUUUCUAAAUUUAGGAAUAUGAACAUGUCAAUGAUAGUUUUGAUGUUAAAUGCAAAAUGUGAAAACGAAAUAAGGAAAAUUAAGACUUUAUAAAUUGAAAAAGCAUGUGAAGACAUAACUAAAGACCUAUAAUGACUUAUUAGUAUGAUCACAUCAUUGAAUGCAGAAAUCUCAUAUUUGAGAAACAAAUGCUCACUAAGAUGCUCACUGUUCGUUGUCAUUCACUUAUCCUACCUUUGAAAGCUUAUGUGCGAUAAACAGAUGAUUUGAAGUUAAAACAAAUAGGCC